CUCCCGGGGGCAAGGAGUCCCAGCCAGGGCGCCACCCGGUGCGGGAUACUCCCCAUGGCAGCGGAUCAGGCCAUGGGGAGCGGUUGUUUCCGUUUGCGCUGGUGCCGGCCGGGUCGGGGCUCGCGCACACAGAGCUGGCAGCGGAAGAGCCGAGGCGGGAAGCUGACGUCGCGGCGCCUUCCCGCGUGUGGCGCGUUGGUAUUCUGAAAAAGAUGUUUUUAAAACCUUUUACAUAUCCACUACCCGAAACAAGGUUUCUUCAUGCAGGCAGAAGUGUAUAUAAACUUAAAAUCAGAUAUGGCAACUUCCUCAGCAGUGAUGAUAUAGACAAUAAUGAAAGUACUGCCAAGGAACUAGAGGAAGCCAUUCGAGUAAUCAUUGGAAAUCUUGAUAAUUUACAUCCAUUUGCUACAGAACGCUUGACAAUAUUUCCAUAUUUAAGUAAAUGGGAGAGAGUAUCAAAAUUGCGAUUCAAACAUGGGGAUACAUUUCUUGCUCCAUAUCCUCAUGUUUGCACUAUGUAUGUUGAACUCAAUUCAUUUCAGCAAAGUAUAUUUGUUGGUAAGUUUGUAAGGUUACGGUUAAAGAAAUACUGAAAAGAAAUGGAUACUAUUAUAGCAUGACACAAUUGUCACAUGUGAAACCAACUGACUUUUCCUAUUAUAAGGUGGCUUUCCCAUGAAAUACUAGUUGAGACAGUUGCUGCUUUUUCCUGACCUUGCCUUCCACCUAGCCACUGUGUAGGAGUUGGGUGUCUAGGUGUAUAACAGUUUACUCCUGAGGGUGUUCUGC